UCAUCUUGAUGGGGCUGCUUCUCAAUCACGGCUUGAAAAUCAAAGAUUAGACAUAGGAAGGAAAUAAUUAAACGCUCAAGUGAUUAUCAUAAGGAUACCUCGGUCAACCCUGUUAUAUCAUGGCGUUUUUGGCAGUCACACGUUGUGUGAUCAUUUUGUUGGGAUUCAUCAGCCUCUCAGAAGCAAACAAGGACACCUGUGAUCUAUAUGCUGGAGUUGGACAGAGUCUGACUCUGCAGUUUGUCUAUGAUGGACUGGCAAACAUGCAUGUGCUGAGAUGGACUCAUAACAGCACAAUCAUCUUCUACAGAGAACGAGGCAGAGUGUCUGUCGGAAAGUCAGAGGACAUCUCUGCAACUGGAUCUCUUUUUCUAAAAAACAUACAAACUUCAAGUGCCGGGAUUUACCAAGUAAAUGUGCUGCAUCCGAAUGGUACACUGGCUAAAGCAUGGACAGGCCGUGUCUGUAUAAUGGACAAGGUGUCAAAACCUCAAGUCACUUACAUUUGUGACCCCAAAACUGGUGCUGUUAAUCUAAACUGCCAAGUGGCUAAACCUCAGGGUUUGCUGUUCUCGUGGACACUCGACGAAAAGACUUUAACAAGUGAAACAAGACAAACCCUGAGCAUAUCACUGGCACAGCUGAAAGGGGACAAGAGAUUUACAUGUAGUGUGGCAAACAAAGUCAGCAAGGAGAAGAGUGACACUGUCCGUCCAGCCUGCAAAAGUCCACCACCACCAGCUUUGCUCUGUUUUCCAUUCAAAAUUGUUGUUGCAGUGCUGGCAGGAGGAGCAGGUCUGAUUCUACUUUUUCUCACCAUAAUUAUCGCAUUAUGUUGCUGCCACAGACGAAACAAAAUCCAAAUGGGACACAGGGAUAAAGGAGAGCUGAGGAUGCUUUCUCUAAGCAAGCGAGAGCCCGACUCCAUCAGCCCAGAGUAUGAGACAAUGCACCCGACUGAGGACUCUACACCCCCGUGUGCCAUGUCUUCACCCAGAGCCUGUUACGAGAGUGUUGCUCAGCCUGAAGCUCAGACUGAAAGUAGGCCUGCACAGCUGUCCGCAGCUGCGGAAGGACAAGAGCCUUCACCUGUGCCCAAGCCGAGGACGAAGGCUCCCCAGACAACAAACAACUAAAUGUGCCUUUUUCUCUCAAACCAUCCAUCCCAGGAAUUCCCAAGAAUAAAGACAAAAGGCAUGUUCUUAGCCUAAUAACAUACACGUGAACAAAAAUAAAGGUAAUUGCUGGAGAAAAUGUCUUAAUGUCUAAUCCAUAUUGUUUAUCACUUCAAAAGUUUAGUGGCUCACUGGGCUAAGUUAUAAUGUGCUUGAGUUGGCAGUUUUUUUUGGAUAUUAACCAUAAAUGUGAUAUAAUGUCUUGUGUGAAGUUGGGUGGUAAAUGUUUUUGUUUUAGCUGUUAGUGGUGGGUGUUAAGAUUUGGUGGGGAGUAUGAAUGUGGCAUUUUAUCCUUGAUACACAUUAUAAAACAAGAAAUUGUGAUGGAUAUUUUUCAAUGUGAACACAUAAUUGUCAUUUGUUAAUGAUACUGGUGGUUUGAACUGUUGGUGUGUUUUAUUAUGACUUCUUUUACUGUAGAGCUAAUGUACUUCUGUGUUAUGAAUACAUUUCCAAACAAAAAUGUUUUUCUAAAAUGUUUAGCAUAAUAGAUUAAAGGAUAUAACUGGUGAUAUUCAAUAUUUUUUGUUAUUGUCAACAAUUCCCAUGAAAAUACCAAUAAAAGCAGAGCACUGUUUUGUCCUUCAGCACUUUUUAACUUCCUGAAACUUGCUUGUGGCACUCAGCUCUAAAU